AUGUUCCCCCUAAGCACAAGCAUGAGUAUAUGGCUUGCAGGUGCAGGUGCUGGUCUGGGAGUCAAUGUUGUUCUCUACCCACUUGACACAUUGAAAACCAGGAUACAAGCACCAGACAGUAACGCGAUGUAUGUAAAAAAAGCGAUUUGGAGAAAUAGAUCAUUGUAUCGUGGUCUUUAUCAAGGCAUCGGUUCUUUGCUGAUCACUUCGGUGCCGGCAUCCGGAGUCUUUUUUACAGUGUACGAAGGAUUUAAAUACACACUUUUACCUACGUCAAUCCCGAGCCCAUUAAUCUACGGAAUCAGCAGUACGCUGGCUCAAAUAAUCACUAGUGCUAUAGUGAUACCCGGAGAGGUCAUCAAACAAAAUGCUCAAGUUAUUGGACAAAGCUCGAAUGAUCGAGGCAAGUCUUCUCAAACAUUCGCCGUCGCAAAGGAGAUCGUGAAGCGAGAUCCGUUGAACCUUUGGAGAGGGUAUUCAGCCCUUCUCAUAAGGGAUAUACCGUUCACAGCUCUACAGUUUCCUUUGCUAGAGCGCAUCAAAAAAAUGAUGUCCAAAGAGGCCCAGUUGCGAAAGCAGCAGCGUGGCUGUGGUCCAACACUCUCUCUUUCCGAUCAUGUCAAAAUUGCAACGCUCAGUGCUUCUAUCGCAGGAAGCGCUGCUGCCUGGAUCACUACCCCGGCAGAUGUUGUUAAGACUAGACUCAUGCUCAAAGCACACGAUAAUCGUCAAAAUUGGUCCAAGCAAAAAGAUAUUUCGUUGUGUAAUUCUCGAAACAAUGUUAGCAGAGGCACUUGGAGCGUCGCUCAUGAUAUUUGGGUCAAGGAAGGACUUAGAGGUUUGUUCAGAGGAGGCUUCAUCCGCACAGCAUGGACAGCCGUGGGGAACGGAAUUUUUAUAGGUGUUUAUGAGGGUGCAAAAAUAAGUCUUGGGCCCUCAACUAGGACAGACUCUUCUUGA